UAUCUGCGAAAGAGUAUGAUGGAGUGCUUUGAGUUUCAAGAAAUAAGGCUUGACAAGAUGGAAGAAGAAGUGAUAAGAAUUAAAUGAAAUGAUAGUAUAUGGUUUUAUGUUCUUUAUGUGGUUUGGUUAUCUUAUGUAAUGAAAUUCUCUUUAGACUUAUGUAAGACUCUUAUGUGAUGUUUUGAGUGUUGAAACGUUAGAAUUAUGUUCAAAAAUUGUCAUGCAUGUUCUUUAUGUGGCUUUAUGAUGCUGAGUUUAAAACAUGAGUUUGACUUGUUUAUGCUCGAAAAUGAUCAUGUUCUUUAUGCUUGGUUAUGCUUGAAUAUGGUUAUUGCAUUGGAAGAUAAAGAACGUGAAAUUUUAAAACAAGUUUUAAAACGACAACAUAUAUCACAAUCAUACUUUUUGGCAGAUUUUAACAUCGUUCAUAAGUUCAUCAUCUCUCUCUCUCUCUCUUUCUCUCUCUCUCUCUCAAUAUAUCAAUUGAGUCAGUCGGUUUUUAAUGUCGAGUCGGUUCUAUUUUAAUGGGCAAUCUCUGUUCACAAAACAUAAUUUUUAAGGUUUCAUCUUGAUUUCGGAAUUAGAUUAGAAAAGGAGAUCUGGACAAAGUUAAAAAGAACGGGGCAAUAUGAAGAGAAUUUUUAUUUAUGGGUGGUCACCUCAUACGAUAUGUAGCAUAGGAAGAAUAAAUAAGGUCAUUGUGUUUACAGAGGGGAAUAAACAGUCAACCCUAAUUUUAUCACCCAUUUAGGUUAGUUUGCAUUUGAUUGAAUAUAAAAUAUACUUUUAUAUUUCAAAUCAAUUUUUAUGUUAUAUUUUGGUCAAAAUGCUCUAGAAAUUUUUCUAUCUAGUAAAAAGUUAUUAUAUCUUCGAUAAAAAAAUUACAGCUUUUUCUUACACAAACUAUGACGUUACACUACAUUUUGAAAUCGUGAAGCUGUUGAACUCUUUUAUCAAUAAUUGAUUAAGAAAAAAUAUGACCCGUGAAUAUCCGUGAUAUGUUCUUUAUUUGUUAUCAAUUGAUACGUGUGAUUAGUCAAAGUAAACUGAAAAAAAAACAUAAAAAAUAGGACCACGGUCACCAUACCAAUACCAUUUUCUCACCAUGCCAACUUCAAUUUCAAUAACUCACAUUAGAAGAUAAAAACAAAACAAAGCGCACGUUUUUUUUUCCAUGUGUGCGGAGAUAGAAGAAUAGACCGGACAUGCAAAACUAAAACUUGACUAAACAGUAACAUUUAAAUAAAAUAUUAUAUUAUAGACAUAAUGAAAUGCCUUUUCCCAGUCCCCAACAAGCCACUCCCUAUAAAUGCCAAGCAAAUAUAGCUUCCAUGAUAGUUCCUAAACCAUAACAAACUCAUUCAACCUUUUUUUUUGUAAAGAACUCCUUCAACCUUUGCUCCGAUCUUCAACCACAAUAAACCAAACAUGGUGGUUUUAUCACAGCCAGUCGCCUUAGACAACCACAUAUCCGUAAUCCCAACGUACACCCCGGUUCCGGUCUUCACUUCCCAACCAAUCCCCGUCGUGGACCUAACCGACCCAGAAGCCAAAACCCUAAUCGUGAAAGCUUGUGAGGAGUUUGGUUUUUUCAAGGUUGUAAACCACGGAGUCCGAGCUGACCUCAUGACCCGGUUAGAGCAGGAGGCUAUCCGCUUCUUCGCCUUGCCCCAGUCUCUUAAGAACCAGGCCGGUCCACCUGAACCGUACGGAUAUGGUAGUAAACGGAUUGGACCAAACGGUGACGUUGGGUGGAUUGAGUAUAUCCUCCUCAAUGCUAACCCUCAGCUCUCCACCCCUAAAACAUCCGACGUUUUCGGUCAAACCCCACAAAUUUUUCGAGAGGCGGUGGACGAGUACAUGCACGAGUUGAAGGAAGUGUCGUGCAAGGUUUUGGGGAUGGUGACGGAAGGAUUAGGGAUAGAGCCAAGGGACACACUGAGUAAGAUGGUGAGAGAUGAGAAGAGUGACUCUUGCUUGAGACUGAACCAUUAUCCGACGGCGGAGGAAGAGGCGGAGAACAUGGUGAAAGUAGGGUUUGGGGAACACACAGACCCACAAAUAAUCUCAGUGCUAAGGUCCAAUGACACGGCGGGUCUUCAAAUAUGUAUGAAAGAUGGAAGUUGUUGGGUUGCUGUCCCUCCUGAUCACUCCUCUUUUUUCAUUAUUGUUGGAGAUGCUCUUCAGGUUAUGACAAACGGAAGGUUCAAGAGUGUAAAACACAGAGUCUUAGCUGAUACAAGGAGAUCGAGAGUCUCGAUGAUAUAUUUUGGAGGACCGCCAUUGAGCGAGAAGAUAGCGCCACUUUCGUGUCUAGUCCCUAACCAAGAGGAUUGGCUUUACAAAGAAUUCACUUGGUCUCAAUACAAAUCUUCUGCUUACAAGUCUAAGCUUGGUGAUUAUAGGCUUGGUCUCUUUGAGAAACAACCUCUUCUCACACACAUGUCUAAUGAAUGAAACUAGUUAAGAUGAUCCUUUGUAUGGUAAAAAGUCAUAAUUACAAA